CUUGCUCCCCUCUGCUGGGAAAAUCUUCCCGUAGCACCGUCCCGAGGCUUAGCGGUGCUCUUUGCUCUUGGCAGGAACGCUGACAAUGAGACCAGCUCCGCGACGUCAGCCGGCGAUCAGAGCAGGCACCCUUUCGAGAACGUGGAUCAGCACUUAGUCACCCUGCCGCAAGCCUAUGGCCAGUUUGCCUUUGGGAUCUUUGAUGACAGCUUUGAGUUUCCGUUCGGGUCCAAUGUGCAGUCGGAAGACAACCGGGACUCGGAGAGCCGGAGGGAGCGAGAGCAUCAAUCCCGGCAUCGCUACGGUGCGAGGCAGCCCCGAGCCCGGCUCGCCACACGCCGUGCCGCUGGCAGGCACGAGGGAGUGCCCACGCUGGAAGGAAUUAUCCAGCAGCUGGUCAACGGGAUUAUCGCACCUACGGCGAUACCGAACCUCGGACUGGGUCCCUGGUGA